AUGCUCGUCAUCAUUAAUAGAACAAUUGGAAAUAUAAUACUGCAGAGGCAUCUCAGAAUGUUCUGCGAUAUUCCCUUAUAUGAUGAGUCGCAAGACCUCGAAACAUGGUCAGAUGAAAUUCGUGCCCUAACUAUAUUGGCAAAAUUAAAUGAAAAAGAAAGUGCUUCAUUCAUGCGGAGCAUGCUUUGUCGGGCUAUUCGCAAAAAAGAAGAAAAAGACUCGGGUCGGUUACAGAGAAAUACAACAGAUGACAUAGAGGCUUGGUUGCUCGUACGGAAAAGAAAUAUAUAUAAAUAUAUUGAUCAAGCACAGAAGAAUCUUACUACUUUGUCAUUUGAUUCUCGUGAUGAUUUAGAAAUCCCACGUCAUAAAUUUGCAUCCUUAUGCGACUUCUUGGGUAUAAGUGAAGGUGGUCGUAUUAACUUACUAAAACAUUAUUUGCCGAACGAGUUGAAGACUAUUAUUUGUAAUGAAGAUUUAAGAACAGUUAAUGAAUCCUGGGACUUGAUUUUCGCAUUUUUAGAAAAAAGACGUCUGGAGGAAGAGCAGAAACUAUGUGGAAUAUUAUAUGGACCCCAGAUAACCUUAAAAACUUUUAGACCCGGAAAUCGUAAAAUGCUUUUACCACUAUUUGUGGCUAAUGGUAGUUAUUAA